CUGUGGAAAACUAAGUUGCGACACGUUGGCGUACAGGCAGCAACGUUUGGCCUACAAUGAUUUCAUGCUUUUGAGAGAAAAUGUGGUCAUUUUUCUCCAGAGAUCCUGCAAGCAGCUUCCCCUAUGAGAUCGGCGAAAAGAUCGGAGGUCUAGAAGACAAGUCUGUGUGGAGUGUGCAUUAUGGCAAGAAAAAGGCGGACGGACAUCCGGUGUCCAUAUUUGCCCUGGAUGCUAAGAGCAGCUCGAGUGCAGCCGUCGAGAGGGGGAAGACGGCACACAAGAGGAUGAAGACCAUCAGGCAUCCCAACUUCCUGCAGUACUUGGAUGGCUUGGAGACGGACACCAUCAUCUAUGCUGUGACUGAACAGGUCACUCCCCUGCAGACGUACUUAAACAACUCUUCCCCCAAUGAGCUGGCUAUCUCUUGGGGUCUUCAUCAAGUCGUGAAAGGGCUGAGCUUUCUCCACAAUGACUGCAAACUCAAGCACAACAACGUCAACAUGAGCUCCGUGUUUGUCAGCAGAGCCGGUGAGUGGAAGGUAGGGGGCGUGGCCUAUGUCGGCCCUGCCGAGGGGGAGGGGAGUGAGCCACCCAACAAGGGGAUGCAGGCAUUGGAGAAGUACAAUCCGCCCGAGAUGUUGGACACACGGACGCGGAAGAAGACACACACGUGGUCAGCUGAUAUGUGGGGUUUGGGUUGCCUAAUUUGGGAAAUCUUCAAUGGGCCUCUGCCAAGGACAUCCUCUCUCAAAGCUCUGGGAAAGAUUCCCAAAUCCCUGGUGGCCAACUACUGUGAGCUGGUGGGAGCCAAUCCCUUCUCUAGGCCCAACCCGGCAAAGUUCAUAGAGGGCUGCCGCGCCAGUGGUGGCUUCCUCCACAACAGCUUUGUAGAAACCAACCUCUUCCUGGAAGAAAUUCAGAUCAAGGAGCAAACAGAGAAGAACAAAUUCUUGGCCAGUCUGAGCUCUACCAUCGACGACUUUCCCCAGGAGUUCUGUCGAUACCGCAUUCUCCCGCUCCUCCUAGAAGCCUUCCAGUUUGGCGGUGCCGGCUCCGCAGUGCUGACCCCUCUCCUCAAGCUGGGUAAACUACUUGAAGCUGACGAGUACCAGAAGAAGAUCGUCCCUUGCGUGGUCAAAAUGUUUUCAUCCACGGACAGAGCAACCAGGGUCAAGCUACUGCAACAGAUGGAGUACUUUGUGGAGCAUCUUCAACCAGCCGUGGUCAAUGACCAGAUAUUCCCACACAUCUGUCAUGGUUUCAGUGACACCAACCCGGUGAUAAGAGAACACACAGUCAAGGCUAUGCUGUUGCUGGCUUCCAAGCUGAACGACAAGAACCUGAACGGGGAGCUGAUGAAGCACUUUGCCAAGAUGCAGGCCAAGGACGAACAAGGCGGGAUUCGAACCAACACCACCAUCUGUCUGGGCAAGAUUGCCUGCUACCUGAACCCAACGACUAGGCAGAAAGUCCUCUCCUCGGCCUUUGUUCGUGCCAUGAAGGAUCCCUUCCCCCCUGCCCGCACAGCGGGCAUCAUGUCCAUGCUUGCCACGCAGAACUACUACUCCAUCCGUGACACAGCCUUCAAGGUGCUACCUGUCCUGUGCACGUUGACCGUUGACCCGGAUAAGGGGGUCCGGGACCAGACCUUCAAGGCCAUCGGUAUUUUCCUGCAGAGGCUCCAGACUGUGUCCGAUAAUCCUGAGAAAGCUGCUGAAAUAGAGGCGGAAGUGAACGCAGCUGCCAGUACGCCUCUCGGGUCAAGCAGUAGCUGGACUGGCUGGGCGGUCACAUCACUGACCUCGCGGUUCUAUCGGCCAGGAUCUACUGCUAGUCAGCCACCAGCUAAGGCAGGGGGUUCAGCUACUCCAGCAGGCACAGCUUCAGCACAGAAGCCCUCAAUAACAACUGCUGCAAAAAUGGCUGAUGGUGCCAAACCUGAUGACACAAGGCAGGACACAGAAGAAACAGCGCGAGACUCUGCCUCAGACUACGAGGACACAGGGGUUGACAGAGGUGGUGACGGAUGGGAUGAUAAUGAAGAGUGGGGGGACAUCGAUAGUUUUUCUACAUCCUCCUCCAAGACGGCUGCCUCUCAAGAUUCUUACCAGGAUCCAUCCUCUACACGACAAGACCCCCAGGACCUUGGCUGGGACACAGGAAGCUGGGGCGAUGAUGGUGACUUUGAUGAACGACCGCCGCCACCGGCCAGGAAGGGGCAAGGCCAGGUCAAGCCAAGCCAAUCCAGAGCAGGUGGCAGCAUGAAGCUGGCCGCUAAGAAACAGACCUGCUCCACAUUUGAUGACUGGGGCACGUUGGACGAUGCGUGGGGGUUGUCCGACAGCUCCACGGUUGCUUCCAAGCCCGGCAGGACCUCCGCCGACACCAGGAAAGCUAGGCCCAGUGCCAGGAGCUCUCCCAAGAAGGAGAGAUCCAAUGCGAGGACUGAGGUUGCCACCCCGAGCGGGUGGGAAGACGAGGACUGGGGGACGAUAGAUGUGGGUGGGGCAAAGACAGAAGCCAUGGAGGAACUAGGUGGGACUGUGGGUGGUUUGGGAGAUGAGGAAGAUUGGGGUUCACUAGAAGAACCUUCUACAGGUCCAGGAUCAAGAUCACAGACUGACAAACCCCAAGCGGCUAAGACCACACCUGCUCCCCCGGGGUGGGGAGAAAGCGUUGACUUUGCCAAGGACACCAGCCACGCCCCAGCCAGCAGCUACAACUGGGGAGAUGACGCAGACGCUGGGGAUGACUUCUUCAGCAGUGCCUUAAAAGAGAAAACAAAGUCCGGCAAAGCAGCGCCACAUUCAAAGAAGCCAGCGACAGCCACCAGGAAGGGUCAGGGGUCAUCAACUACCACUACCUCUGGCUGGGGAGAGGGUGCUGGCUGGGGUGCAACUGCAGACGACUGGGGGUCAUUUGGAGAUGAUUCAGGCAAAAGCAAAACAGAGGAAGCCAGGAGGAAACGAGAGGAUAGGAGGGUGCAACGCGAGAGGGAAAUGAAAGAGAAGAGGGCGGCCAAGAAACCAGGCCUGGGAGCCAUGCGGCUUGGGGCCAAGAAGGAUUAGAGUCAAGGAGCGACGUGAUGAAUCAAUGUCUACUUGGAGCUCUGUGCAGUACUAUGAGACUGGAAGUGCCAAAUACUUGAUUACUCAUGUCAAGCCAGGAUUUUGUUGCCUUUUGUGGAAGCGUGGCCAAGUGGUUAGGGUUUGUGACUCGAUCAGAGGGUUGAAUCCAGCCCCAGCUUACAUGCUGGGACCUUGACCUGUGGCCGACUUGCCUCUUCCCAUCAAGUUGCAUGGGUACCUGUGAGGGUAGAUGCCGAUGUGCACCUUUAACCGGCAGCACUUUGAGAUUGUUAAUGAGGCAUUAAAUGCUAUAUAGGGUCUCAUCAAAAGACGUCCAAUCAAACAAGUACCAUCAGUGCAGUGAGUUGGCAAGCUCUUGGUCAGCAACCUUAUGUCACACACUGUAAGCUAGAUAUCAUUUCUGUGGUUACACAAUGCUGAUCAUGAAUAUCCCCACGGUCCUAAUUGACUGAAUCUGCUUAGCAAGAAAUGUCCAAAACAGUAUGACUUACUAUCAACUGAAUGUCAGCACUGAUGUAAUUCAGCAUUAGAAAAAUGUCGGGCUUUGCACGUCGCUUCUCUGUCAGUGAAAAGAAAACCUCGCAUUGAUAUCUAUUAACUGUCACUCUGUGGUGCGCGUCUGCCUGUUGUGGCCAGGACGAGUUUUCUGUUAAGCAAACCUGUGGCAAUGGCAUUUACCAAGUUGGAUUCCAAUUACUGAAAGUUGGCAACUAUAGAGCUUGUAACCUAACGUGUGCUGUGAUGCACAUAACAUGCAAGCUGCAUGACUAGAGCUGUAACCGGGAGGGAUGAGAUUGGGAAGUUUUGAUCAACUCAUGUUUUUAAGCAGUUUCUGGUCUCAUUUGUUGCAACAUCUUUCGCUUUUAUUUUAAGCCCCUUUACCGAGUACUUUAUUUUCAGGAAAUUGUCACUUCCAACAUCUCAAACGUCAUGAUGCUUUGCACCCUUAGUGAAACACAUCAAUUACAAUUAUCCAACAACAAUUUUUUUUAACAGAAAUUUCAAUUCUGUAAAAUCUUGAAAGUCGCUUGCUUGCAGGAGGUCACAUUUGGCAGGAUGUUCAACAUUAACAUACAAAUGAAGGCUGGGAUCAAACGCCAUGCAGAUCACAAAAAGACCUGCUCCAGAUAUUUAAGUCUACCUGCUGGAAGCAGGAACAAGAAAUGGCCUGUGCUUACCUGCAUAAUUAUAGCACUGAUGUCCCUCAUGGUGGAAAACCACAGCAUGGGUGCACAGGUGCAUGAGCGCUUGGCGUGGGACAUGCUAUGUAUGUAUAAACCUACCCAUUCAAAUGUACAGUCUUUGCAUGUACCCAAUGAGCCCAGUUGGACCUUUUCCCAGUUCCCACCAGCCUAUUUCCUCUUUGCUGGUGAGGGGAUAGGUACCGAUAGUUAGCAUUUUGAAAUUUUUUAAAUGCAUGUGUGGUGAAAAGGGUAAUAUGCAUAACUGCUAAUUACAGUACUCCUAUGACAAUUCCUCGAAGUGAAUCUCAAGUGCGUCAAUGUGUUCUUUUCCAUGUAAAUAAACUGUGCACAAGCAAUGUAUAUUGGCAGUAUAAAUGGCGUAAUUAUUUUUUAACUCCUUUGAAAAGUUGUCAAUAAAUAACCCUUAAUUUGA